UUUGAAAUCUAAUUGACUCCCCGACAGAUCAGCACACACUGCAGGCAAUGAGUGAGGCCACUAUCUUCAUUUGAUAACGUGACAGGGUAAUGGUUCAGCGGCAUCUGCCUAAAUGCUGAGAUUUCAAAACUAUGAGCAAUCAUUUCUUUCAUGAUAAAUCCUUAAAAUAGAUCCCACUGCAUCAUAAACGUUGGAAUAAAUGAUUGGUUGUCUCCCUGUCCAUAUAACUGUGACUAAUCUACAUUUUGCAUUACAAGAGCAAUAGUCUCCCCGGGGCAGUUUCCAAUAUAAACAGAGGCUUCUCUGAACAUGGAUUGAUAUUUGGCCUGUCAGAAGUAGCGAGUCCACCACACCAGAAGUUUCUUAGAGCGAAUGGGAUACCCAGUCAUCUUCCAGAUCGAGCGCAUUUACUACCCAGUUCUUGCGGCCAUUGGAGUUACUGUGAAUUUCGUGGCGGUUGUGAUCCUGAAUCGAGGGAAGUGUGGUCUCUCCAAAUGUAUCACCCGUUACCUAAUUGGAAUGUCUGCGGCGGAUCUAAUACUGGUCAUUAUCAAUAUAAUAUUGAAUCGAAUUAAUAACAUACAUUUCCCAGUUACUUUCCUGUUCAUCACUCCUGUGUGUUCAGUUAAAGUUGUUUUGUCUCUGGCAGCUUUGGACUGUUCGGUCUGGUUUACAGUCGCUUUCACCUUUGACCGAUAUGUGGCAAUUUGUUGUCAGAAGCUGAAAACAAGGUAUUGUUCCGAGAAAACAGCCACUGUGGUUUUAGUAACAGUGAGCGCCGUCGCCUGUUUACGAUCCAUCGCCUGGUACUUGUACCCAGUGUGA